GACCAAAUCAGCCCUUCUGCAGUUCGUUGCUGGGCGGAUGGAUUUCCCAUCUUGUUUCCCCUCUGGUCCGGAAGAGCUGACCCUGAGUCGUCCUGCUUUGGCGGGGGGGGAGACCCAUGACUCGCAGCUCACCCACGGAACGUGCCAAAGGAGCCCACAGUUGGCCCAGCUGUGGAAAAGGAACCAGCUCUAUCUCACAUGUACCUCAAUUCCAUGUCUGAGGGCAGGAACCAAAAACAUUGAGAACCCACUCAAAGCAGGAGAGGAUAAUGGAGGUAAUGGGAUGAGAACAGCCACUGGCUCACCACCCACUCCGCCCUGGUAAGAAGGGAUAAGGAGAUUACAAAAUGGGUAAGAACAUCCUCUCACCUAUCAGCUCAAGGCCGUAAUCCUGGGCCUCUGCUUCCCUAAGCUCUGUUCUAUUUUCACUCCUCUUUUCUACCCCAUUGGCUGCGAGGGUUUAGUGGGGACUUAAGGCCUGUUCUCAGGCAUCUUCUGGAUUUGGUCGUGGGACUGCACAGCCCCCCAUUACCUUUGUCCCUCUGCUCACCUCCUCCCGACAUUUUCCUGCACUGUCUGAUUCAUCAGACCCUCUUUGCUGAGCUCGGGAGGCCUCCGGCCUCUGAUCGAGGAGGGCCCAGGGUUAGAGAACCCAGCCGCCCUGUUGCAGGGGCUGCGGGGAACAGGAUCCAGCCACCUGGGGCACAGGCCCCCCGCAGGCCUGGGAGAUGGGCAAUGUGAUGGAUGGGAAGUCUGUGGAGGAGCUGAGCAGCACCGAGUGCCACCAAUGGUACAAGAAGUUCAUGACUGAGUGCCCCUCCGGCCAGCUCACCCUCUACGAGUUCCGCCAGUUCUUCGGUCUCAAGAACCUGAGCCCGUCGGCCAGCCAGUAUGUGGAGCAGAUGUUUGAGACCUUUGACUUCAACAAAGACGGCUACAUUGACUUCAUGGAGUACGUGGCUGCGCUCAGCCUGGUCCUCAAGGGGAAAGUGGAACAGAAGCUGCGCUGGUACUUCAAGCUCUACGACGUCGAUGGCAACGGAUGCAUCGACCGCGAUGAGCUGCUCACCAUCAUCCGGGCCAUCCGAGCCAUUAACCCCUGCAGCGACUCCACCAUGAGUGCCGAAGAGUUCACCAAUACAGUGUUCUCCAAGAUUGAUGUCAACGGGGAUGGGGAACUGUCCCUGGAGGAGUUCAUCGAGGGCGUCCAGAAGGACCAGAUGCUCCUGGACACGUUAACACGGAGCCUGGACCUCACCCGCAUCGUGCGCAGGCUUCAGAACCGCGAGGAGGAGGAGGGUGGGGAGGGGGCAGGCGGUGGGGAGACUGAGGCAGCCGGCUGAGCCCACUGCUGGGCUGAUUCUGUACUGGGGAGGGGUCGUGUGUUGGUGCCUAAGGUCGUCACUGUAAUACUAGAUGUGGUCUGCUGAACUCAAAGGCUCAGCUCCCCUCUUUAGGGUGUGGGAUGGGUGGGCCAGAAGGGCAGGGGUGGGAGUCUGGAAGGAUGGUUCCUGAACCCUGUGCAUGACUCAGCUGGUGGUGACUGCCCCUCCUGGGGGACCCUCAGGGACUUCCCCCAGCUUUUCCCCAGUGAGAUGCUCCAGUCCCCUUAUUUCGGAGCUGGGCUUUCAGGGACCCUGAUGGAAUCCUACAGAUCGGGUGCUGCAAUCACACACCCGACCUGCACCCCAGCACCGGAGCCUACUUGUAUGGUGUGUUGAUUUAUUCCUCCCUUCCGCAAGCGUUUAUCACACACCUCCUUUGUAGGAACACUAGAUGUUGGACACACCAAGAAGAGGAUCCCUAAGGAACUAACAGGCUAAGCAUUAGUAUAAUAAAAUAUGGGAAGAGAAGCUAGGAUACUACAGAAAGUCCUCAUUUAUCCAGAGGAACUCUGUCUUUGUUCAGAAGUGAUAGCACAGCACCCUGACUUCCCACACUGGCCCUGCAGUGGCCUGCAGGGCCCUGGGGUUUCCCGCAGCUCUGUGACUCACUGCCUGUGGCAAGUGUCCUGACCAUCCCCCCCCCCCCCCCCCCCCCCCCGGGUCUAACUUAAAUCCCUCUUGCUGCAGUGAUACUUGACACCAGUUGGGAAGUGGGGCAGGCAGUUCGUUACAGGUGGGCCCCAUUCCCGUUUUUUUGCAUGCCCCAGCUUUGGGAAUACCUCUCCAAGAACCUGGGGAGAGACACAGGCUGGAGCAGCUGGGCUUAUUUUUGCAAAGAUGCUCCUUCUGGGCUUUGAGACUUUGCUUCUGCUGGGUGUGGGGGAAGGACAAGGAGUGAAUAAAAAUCCAAGGGUAGGAGAGAGAAAACAAGGGGCAAGAGGAAUGAAGCUCCAGCUUGCUGAGAGGCACCCUCUCGCCAUGGGGAGGGGGUCGGGGAAGAGAGGGUCCUACCACUAAUCACUGGGACCACCUCAGGCUGGUAAGUCAGCCAAAACCUGAGCACAGACCUGGCAGGAAGGUGGAGAUCAAUGCCCUGGGCAGCCUGGAAGAAAAGGGAGCUGACAUUUCCACGUCUUCUCUUGGUGGCUGCCUCUUGGGAAAUCCUGAAGGUGGGAGGUGGGAGGUUAUUUGAACAGAAUUAGGACAUUUCCCCAAUGUCAG